UCCAAGACGGCGGCGAGGCGGUCAGUUCACUUACACGGCCGGCACCGAGCGGUGGGCCGCUUGCGCGACGGCGGAGCCCGCACCAUGGCCCUCAUGCUCCAGCUGGGCGCGCUGUUGCUGGCGUCUGCAGGCUGGUUUGCGCAAGCAAACAGCGGCAUUGUUCAAGGUCUGUAUCCCGACUACUGCAUCACACCGGACUCGUUCAAGGGCGACUGCCGGCCGGCCGGUUCAUGCGCCGGCGGCCCCAGCCCCGGCUGUCCCGGCACCCGCGUCUGCUGUGUACGUGUCACCUCGCGGCUGGGUCCUGUCCAAACGCUGGCGGCGCCGUCCGCCGCCGCCACCUCUACGCCGGCGGCGACCUCCGCGCCGUCCGCCGCCGUCACCUCUGCGCCGAACACGCUCCCGUCGCCCACACGACGCACUCUCCUGGACCCGCCGUUCGAGUGCGGAGGGGAGAAGGCACCAGGUAGUCGCACGCGGCGCGAAGUGAGGGAAUCGACGCAGGCGCCGCAAACGGAUAUCUUCGCAGCUACCGGGAGCGCACCCAAGCCGUCUGUGAUAACGGGAAUGACAGUGAUCACUCCAAGCGAGCCGAGCUCUCGGCCGCGACCCCCUCUGAACGACGUGCUGGGUCGACUGAACGGCACGCGGCGCCACCGUCGCUCCCCUCAGUCCGCCGCCGAAGAGGCCGGCUUCGAGGCCAUCUGGCAAGAGUACCUGGCGAAUGUGGCGACGGGUGCGGCCGCGCCCGGCGUCACGCGCGCCGAGCUGCUGGCAGCGUUCCGGGAGGUGCUGGCGGAGACGCCACCGUCGCGCUUCACCUGUGGCGCCGUGCUCAUCUCGUCGCGCCACAUGCUGACGGCGGCGCACUGCCUUAUGGCCGGCACGCCCGAGGUGGUGCGGCUCGGCGACCGCGACCUGGCGUCGGCGGAGGACGGCGCGCCGGCCGAGUACCGCGUGCUGCGCGUCACACCGCACCCCGACUACCAGUCGCCGGCCGUGUACCACGACCUGGCCCUGCUACACUUGGACCGCGACGUGGCGUUCGGGGAAUUCGUGCGCCCCUUCUGUCUGUAUGACGGUGUCAGGAGCCUGGAGAACAUCACCACGCACGUGUCCGGCUGGGGCGCCACCGAGUUCGGUGGCGACUUCAGCGACGUGCUACAGGGCGGCAACCUGACGGUGUGGUCGCACGACCGCUGCCAGCGGGCGUACGCCGACCAACCGGGCAGCGGACGCCUGCUGCCCGACGGCAUCACGGACGGCCUGCUGUGUGCCGGCGGCGCCGAGCAGGACGCCUGCCAGGGCGACUCCGGCGGGCCCAUGACCGUGCUGACGGAGCGCGGCACGCGCCUGGCCGGAAUUGUGUCGGCAGGCGUCGGCUGCGCCACGCGCGGGGUACCCGGGUUGUAUACGAGCGUGGCGCACUACGUCGACUGGAUCGAUAGCGUCGUAUUCGGGGGUCAUGCGUAGACUAGGGGUGGACUAGGGCGGACAGGCACUGGGGCUUUGGUGGAGGGCGCGGGAAGACGGAGCUGGUGCUGGGCGUAAGGUGUCAGCAAAUAUGGCACCAAGAUGCCAGCUGUGCUGCGUGACUGCCACGCUUGUUUUGUUGUGCUGCGACAUUGCCAGACCUUGAGCGCCGUUCGUUCGUUUAGCCUUCGACAAAGGUGUCCAUUGUUCAACAGGCCUCAUGUUGACGUGCCCCGCGUGUCCACGGCUUUUCCAUGUAUUAGUUCCGUCCAAAGCAGCUGUGUAAUCGAUGUCCACUAGGAGCGCCAACGGUGGACAGGACAAAGACGAGCUCAAUCUCAACCAAACGGCAUUAGUACAACUGGUGGAACGAGCAAGCUCAAUCAAAAGGCAUGAAAGCAAUUGGCAACGUAAACAACCUCAUCUAAGCGACACCAAUACAACUACUGAGAAGCUUUCUGUUUCGAAGUACGUGGACCAUGGACCGUUUCCAUCGUGUUUUUCAGUCACCGUGGAUGAAGGACUGUUUAAAAAAAGAUCGAUGAAGCCAAUGCUCCUUAUAUCGCAUGGAAUAUAUGCCGCGUCACUUAUCUGACAAGAUAUCACGUCUACGUGGGUUUUAGCGGAUACCAUGGUCACUGCACACGAUUUUGUGCACGUUCAGCACCAGUGAAUCAAAUGAUGAAGGGUUGUCUGACUUUUCAGCGUCGUCAGAAGCUCCUGGUUAUAUCGUACCUCGUCUGGCGGUACGACCAAAACCUGCCUUUCAAAAACUUUCGCACCCUCGCCGCUAAGUUUUCAGCACUGCUGGGGUGCGCGAAUGCCCUGAGAACCCCAGUCCAGUGUCGUGUCAGUGCCCUGGAUU